AUGAGUAACUUUUGUAAUAUAUUUAGGGAAAACAACACUGACAGUGACUCUGACGAAGAAAACUCUCAAGAAGAAAACUCUACUAUUUCUACAUCACAACCAGGAAGAGAAUUAGACGAAUCUGACAUUUUAAAUCAACAAAGAAGAAGGGUCCAACAACCAACUACACAAUUAAAUACAACGCCAGUCAUAGGAUCAAACAACCAAUUUACUAACCAAUCUAUUACAAAUAAUAUAGAACAACAAGUAACAACAAUGGAUGCCACUCAAUUCAAUCAAUUAAUAGCAGCAUUAGGACAACUCACUCAACAACUUGGUUAUACCCACUUUGAAGUACGACGAGUUCGCGGAUGCGUCGUACCUGGAAGAACGAUUGGUUUGCAUUUGCGUCGUACUUUUUGUAGGUUAUGGCAUUGUUAUUACGCAGGUUAUGCCGUCCGACAUGCGACUUGGGGUAAUGGCUGA